UCUGCAAGUUCUGUAACCGUUGCCCCUAGAUUGCCAUUUACUCAACCGCAAAACUUAAACAAGUAUCCUUAGCCUUGUGUAAUCGCGGCAACCAUGAAGCCUUUUUCCUCGCUAACCAAACGAGUGAUAACUUAUACUGCGUUUCACUACAUUUCCUCACUUCGAAGGCCGUCCGCUGUUUCAGCAUUGAUUGUACCCGCAACAAGAAAGUUCUCGUCCUCCUAUGCUUUCCAAAAUUCUAAUUAUAAGCAGCAACCACGGCAGCAAUUUGGACAGUACACCAGUUGUCCGAUUUACAGUAGCCCCGUCGUUGAUCCAGGUGCUGAAAUUAAAGCUAAGCAGAAUGAAGAAGAACAAUUGAUUCAAGAUAUGCUCUAUCGGAUACGAGAGUGCAACAAAACGCCUGAAGAUCUUCAGUCUCGGAUCGUUGAUUUCCAGGUCGAUGGUUGUGUUCUGGGAAAAGUAGACACCAAGGUGGCAGAUAUUUUGUGUUCGAAGAAAACAACGGUCGGUGUUUCCGCCUUUGAAAUAGCUACGGUUGACGGUAAAACGUGCCUAACUUUGUCGGAGGAAGGUGCUGGCACCACAGUGGAGUCACGAACCCAAGCAGUCGGGGAUGUCAUGGAAGAACUCAAACGAAUCGGAAUUGUAACGGGGUGGAGAGACGAGCUUUAUCCAAUAUCAGAUUCCUUUUACAAUCCCCCCGUUUUCUUGAUGGAACGAGCGGCCACCGACCUCAUGGGGGUCUUGGGAUACGGGGUUCAUGUUAAUGGAAUCCUUCGAAGUGAUGGCGUCAGCAGCAACACGCCAAAGAUGUGGAUGGCCCGGCGGUCCAAAACCAAGUCGAAGUACCCUGGUAUGCUAGACCACAUUGUCGCUGGUGGUCAACCGGCGGGGCUUGGCCUGAUGGAAAACGUCAUCAAGGAAUGCGAGGAGGAAGCUGGCAUGCCUCCAGAACUGUUUGAUCGGCCCGAUGUCGAUAUCCGACCGGCCGGUGUUGUUAGCUAUGAGGAAACUAUACGGUGUGAGAUCGAUGACGAGAACAACGAUACAAUCAAUGGCACCGGGGAGGAUUCUAACUAUUUCUACACUAUUUCACGGGUCGUCCUUUUCAACUAUGACUUGGUCCUCCCGCACGACUUUUCUCCAAAGCCCUUGGAUGGAGAGGUCGAUGACUUUUUCUUGUGGGACAUAGACCAGAUCAAGGAGAGCAUGGCACCAGACUUCGAGGAUCCCAUUAAACCCAAUUGCUACCUUGUCAUUAUUGAUUAUCUCAUGCGCAUGGGAUUUGUCUCUCCGGAAACAAAGGGAUACCUGGAUGUCCUGAAAGAACUCAAGAGUGGAGAUUGCCAAUGAUGAGAAAUGAUACGAAAUAUAGGAAAGAACUACUCGUACUCUUACGAACGUCUAUUUUUUAGAAUAAUUUGUGUUCCACAAUUUGAUUGAGGUGCAAGGCAAAGACCAUACUUCGUGCUCUGUUGUCGACCGUCACGACCAGACUAGCCCAAUCCACAACAGGGGCUGUGUAUCAAAUUCAUAUCAAGGAGCAACCUGUUGUUCGAAUACUACAAAAUGUUAAUCCAAAUACAAUGAAUGUUGUUCGUCAUGAGAGGCAUCUGUUUUUCUCAAGUAYCUUUUCAAAGCCGUUGCUCCAUUUGUGUGUGAAUUAUUUCCACAUGCUAAUUUUAGUGCACUUAUGCAAUUCUAAAAAAGUGAUGCUAAGCGCAUCGGCUGAUAGAUGAUUGUUCCAAUAAAAAAAAGUUAUUCCUAGGCGGUGUUUUAUCAUUGUGGGAUAAGGUCAUGGUCACAAAUUCGGGGCAGGAUUACCUCACACGCAAUAGUUCCUUUCGUGUCCUCAAAGCCUCGGACAGUUGAAUGCUUAUUCCCCUUCUGCGUCUCCCUUGUCAACAACUUCGGAGUCGGCCUGGUCACUCGUCCACAGAGUGAGGUUGUCGCGAAGGAGCUGCAUGAUAAGAGUGGAGUCCUUGUAGGAUUCUUCGUUAAGAGUAUCGAGCUCGGCGAUGGCGUCGUCGAAAGCUUGCUUGGCGAUCGAGCAGGCCUUGUCGGGCGCGUUGAGGAUCUCGUAGUAGAAGACAGAGAAGUUAAGUGCCAAUCCGAGACGGAUAGGAUGCGUAGGAGGAAGGUCGGAUUGGGCAAUUCCGCUGGCGGCUUGGUAGGCAUCCAAGGCGGCUCCAGCAGAUUCCUUUCUUGUGUCUCCUGUUUGGAAUUCGGAGAGGUAUCGGUGGUAAUCUCCCUUCAUCUUGUAGUAGAAAACUUUGGCUUCCUCCGACGUCGAGUUGGGGAUCAAUGAUUCUUCAAUGAUUCCAAGGAUGUCGUUGCAGAUUUCAACAAGCUCGCUCUCGAUCUUGGCCUUGUAGUCCUUGAUGAUUUCCAUCUUGUCGCUAUCGCCCUUUUGUUCGAUGCUCGUAACAACACGCCACGAUGCACGUCGGGAUCCGAUAACAUUCUUGUAAGCAACGCUCAACAAGUUGCGUUCCUCGACGGUAAGUUCCUGGGGUUGCUUGGCAACCUCCUUCCUGUGAGAGUAGAGAAUAAAGAUGGGACAUCAAG